UGAAAAAAGUUGUCCCCGAAAUGUCAAGAAAAUAUCAAUAAACAGAAAUUUUAUUAAAAUACAAAAAACUCAUUUUGAUGAUAUGGGAAAAACUUCUAAAGUAGUGGUUUGCGGAAUGAAAGGAGUGGGCAAAACAGCUAUUUUAGAACAAGUUAUUUAUGGUCAUAUCUCUAACCAAUCUAUAUUACAUCCAACAAUAGAAGAUAUUUACGUUGCUAAUAUAGAAUCAGACAAAGGAGUAAGAGAAAAAGUUAGGUUUUAUGAUACAGCAGGUAUAGAAAAUACUCAAACUUCCACCGCUCACGGUACAACAAGCCAGCAAUUAUUGAGGCAUUAUUUAGUCUUAGCUGAUGGAUAUCUUUUGGUUUAUGACACAGAAAAGAUAAAUUCGUUAGAUAUUCUUAUGGCAAUAAAGAAAGAUAUUGAUAAAAACAAAGACAAGAAAGAGGUCACAAUUAUUGUUAUUGGAAACAGAACAAAAAGUUCUGAUAUUAGUGAGAGUGAAAGCGUGGUAAAUAGAGCAACGGAUUGGUGUAAUCGAGAAAAACUGAGACACUUCACAGCUUCGGCUAUGCAGAGGUCUAGUUUAUAUGAACCCUUUGUUUAUCUUACAAGUAAACUGAAUCCUCCUCCUAGUAAAAGUACUUUUACUCCUCUCUCCAUGGGCAGGAAAGUUUUGAAGGAAGCUAAUUAAAAACAACUAAUUUAAGGUCACCCAGUAAUAACUUAUUUAUGUAGAUAUUAAUGCACCAUAUAUAAUAUUCUUUUUAUUUCAUGACGGUUGUUAUUUACACUUUAUUUUUGUAUCUUUGAAGAUUUAAGAAUAAUAUUUUCCAAAAAAUGA